AUAUCCUAUAACCUCCAUUUAAAGUAUUCUUAUACAAUUUAAUAUAUGAUAAUUUAGUUAAAUGUUUCCCAAUAAUUUAGUUGAACUUUCCCUUUUGUGAAUCAUCAAACUUAAGUAAAUUUAUAAAUAUUUAUAUAUAUAUAUAUACAAACACGGAAAUAUAUUAGGACUUAUUAUAAAACACAAGUGCUAUCCAUCAGUUGAAGAGAUGGAUGAGUACUUUUCAUCAUUGUCCCAAGACCAAAGUAAAGUGUCUAAUUCUCUAGAUAAUAAAGAGGUCACAAAUGUAGAAAGGAUUAAUAAUGAAGAAGGUGAUUGUCAGAAAUUGAAGCAAUACAUCGGUAUCCGAAGGAGGCCAUGGGGAAAGUUUGCAGCGGAGAUACGAGAUUCAACGAGAAACGGGAAGAGGGUUUGGCUAGGGACAUUUGAUACAGCUGAAGAGGCAGCAUUGGCAUAUGAUCAAGCAUUGUAUUCAAUGAAGGGUUCCUCGUCCGUACUUAACUUUUCGUCGGAAAUAGUGAAGGAGUCUUUGAAAGGAUUUGACUGUUGUGUGAAUAAAAAGGAUGGGGAGUCUCCAGCUGCUGCUAUUAAGGAGAUGCACAGGCUUCGUAGAACGAGAACGGAUUCGAAAGGAAAAAGUAAGGAGCAGGAAAAUUUAGUGGUGUUGGAAGAUCUAGGGUCUGAUUUGUUAGAUGAGCUUUUGAGUGCAUCAUGAUUAAUUCUUUUCUGAAGGAGCAAACAAAUUCAUGAUUUUAUAAGAUAUAUAUAUUUCAACUCACAAUCAAAAGGGUUGUGGCAACAGGUUAAUUACCUUAAUUUUUUUGAUUUCAUGAUUAUUAAUUUAAAUUUCUGAAUAUGUUUACAUCUCUUGAUAACACCAUUCUUGUUAUACAUAUUCUGAUUUCGAAGUAAAUUAAUAACCGUGUAUAUUGAAACAAAA